UUAUACUUAUAGUCCUUGGACCUUCGUUUUCACUCCAUCCCAUUUGGUGGCUGAGCGCUGCGUUCAAAUCAUGCCGUUACGAAAAAACCCGAUUUUAGUGGAAGUGGUUCUCCUACUGCACUGGGGAGCGCUUGAUUACAGUAUCGGACUGCACCACGGGGACAUGCGAAACGAAAGCCUGGAUCACCUGCCCUGCGACUCCAAUUAAACUACUGUGAUAUGCAGAUUGACUGGGCCAGACCUACAAGGAAAGACAUUUAAGUUGGAUGUCCAAGCUGAACAUAGUUAAAAUUCUUUCUGCAUCUUCAGAAAACAAUUUAGGGAAUUAUACACAGUGCUUAUGGAAAAAUCGAGAGACAGCCAGUGUGCUCCCGUUCCAAACCUUUAAACCAGACAUGGAUGGAGUUCAUACUGCAGUCUGUGACAGUGGCAAAUCUAACUAUUUUGUAAACAUCUCAGUCCAUGUAUACUCACCAAAAACGAGGCCAUCAUUUCCACAGCUGAAAGUCAUUGCAGAACAAUACAAUGCCGCUAGUCUGAGAUGUGUUUCUGAAGGGCAUCCCAAGCCAACAAUAAAGUGGUAUAACAAUAAAGGACCUAUGAGAAAUAACUAUAUACAGGAGGAGAACACGGAAGAAAAAGAGAUGUCAGCGAGCAAACUGGACUGUUACGCUGACGCAUUUUCAAACACAAAGUGCUGUGCUACAAACUCAGAGGGAGAGGAAUGCUCCCAGAUUUACCACUAUUUGCUUCAAGCACCCAUGAUAGAGAUCGAAGCUCACAGGAUUCUGCUGCGUCAGGGACAAUCUCUCGUGCUCCGAUGUGCAAUAAAUGACAGAGACGAUCAGCUGAAGUGGUACUACAACAACUUCACCGAGCUCAAAGGAGUAAAAAUGGUGCAUUAUAGCUAUUUGAUGGAGUUUUAUUCCAUCAACUCUGUUAGUGUGAGUGACAGUGGAGAGUAUAUUUGCAAGAGUAAGAAAGGUCAAAAAAAGGCUACCCAGGUUCAGGUGCUUGAGUUGCAUUAAUGUUUCCCCAAGAUCUUGUAUUGAUGAUG